AUGCUCAAAUUCGAUGAACCACAAUGCACAAACCCAUCUUGUUUCUUCUGCAGCAUGAAAGAGACGAACCCUUUUCGUCGAAGAUCGAAACUCGCAGCAAUUUUCAAAGAGAUUCCUCGUACGGAGUCCAAAGACCAUGUCUUGGUCUUGAGUGGCUUGUGGAACAUAGCCAUGUCCGAGCCUGACGAUCCUGAGUUCCCAUCACUCGGUUUGUUCGAGUGUAUGUCAAAUCUCAUAGAGAAAUCAAUCAAGAACAGAGCUUGGCUUCUCAAAGAUCAAAACAUUUUCAUUCCUUAUUACGCAGCUCAUAUCAUCGGUUCAUAUGUAAUGAACAAGGAAGAUUUGGCUGCAAUAGCGGUUGAUUCGAAGGUUUUUGUUGUCCCUUCUUUGCUGGAGCUUCUUAGAGGGAAAAUCAGUUGGGUUGAGCAGAGAGCAGCGGCUCGAGCACUUGGCCACUUAGCUAGCCAUGUGAAGAGCUUUGAAGCAGUUUCUUUGUUCGAAGAAGAAAUCGUGAAGCUUUCGAUGGAGAUAGCUACUAAUUGUUUGAAGAAUGUUUACAAAAGCUUUCUUGGAGUUGAAGAUAGCUUGAGGUUGAAGUAUCAAAGCGAUUUGUUGACUAGAGGGCUUGGUGGGUUAGAAAGAGAGAAUUCAAAAGCAGAGGAAUGGGGGAUUCAGCUACAAUGUUGGUCACUAUAUCUAUUAAAUUGUUUCGCAUCGAGAGGUAAGUCUAUUGAUCGAAUCUGCGAGGGAGGUUUCUUGAAGAAGGUGAGUGAAAUGUGGGGCGGUUUAGUAAACCGGAAGUCACCAGGAGGAAUUGGAUUGAUAAAGACUCUUUGUAAAACAGAGUUGGGAAGAAACAAAGUUAGUGAGGUUAGAGAAGUUAUUGAGAGACUUUGCGACCUUUCGAGAUCAUCUGACGAUUGGAAAGAAAUGGCUUUAGAUACCCUUUUGAGUCUUCUUAAAGACUCGAAUGUUAGGUAUCGAGUUAUCGAUGUUUUAGGGUUUCGUUUAGUGGAUUUAGCAGAAGAUAAAGUUGUUGGAGAUAGAGUAGCUCAAAUAGUUUUACAAGAUUAUCACAAGAUUAAGUAUAAUGGCCUGAAGAUGAACAACGAGGAAGCUCAGAGAGUUAUAGAGAAUCUAUGGGAGAUGAAAGUAGAGAGGAAGAAGAAAGAGAAGCUUAUGAGUGAAACAGAGCUUGAAGAAAGAAGAAAAAUGGUUAAAUCUUUGAAGAAACAAGGAAAGAAGAAGUUUUUGAAUGGUUUUGUUGAAGAAUCAAUGGAGAUUUAUACAAUUGGGAUUGAUUUGUGUCCGUUGGAUAUGGUAAGAGAUAGGGUUGUGUUGUAUAGUAACAGAGCACAGUGUUACUUGUUGUUGAAGAAAGCUGAAUUCGCUAUUAGUGAUGCAACUAGGGCUUUAUGUUUAUCUGCUGUAACGCAUCCACACGGUAAGAGUUUGUGGAGAAGAUCUCAAGCGUACGAUUUAAAAGGAUCGGCGAGAGAGAGUUUGAUGGAUUGUUUGGCGUUCGUUGAUCAACGACUCAAGAGUUCGAAUACAGAAAUGGUACCAUACUACGCGGCGCAGAUGAUAAGAAAGCAGAUGAGCGCCACGUGGGUUUUCUCGGGGGUUGACUCGAAGACCGGGAAAUCGGACGGUUGA